CUGACGGGGCCAGUGAUCCACAUGGACAUGGGCAUGGCGUCAAGCAGCGCUAGCCCAGCGAGCGGCGCGCAGCCAGCUAUGGCACAACCUGUUGGUGCUACUUGCCAUUUGCAUGGGUGGGUGGCGUCAGACAUUGACACGGGCGUGCUCGAGGUGCACGGAGCAGCUCGCUUGCGAUCGAUGGGCGUGGAAAUCAAGAAGCUCGACAUCUUCGAAUUACAUCGGGAGGACUGGCUCACCCAGGUGCCGAGCCUCAUCUUCAUGUCCAACCUAUGCCCUCCGACGGGCCAUAGGGACUACUUGCAGUGGCUUUUGAAGAAGUACUUGCAGUGGAACCCGAACGCAUCAGAGCGCAGGAUGCACUACGAGGUCAUGUGCUUCGAGGCGGUCAUCGCACAAUGUCCAUCUGCGUCUGUUGUGACCAUCAUGCGGUCGAACGAAGCUCGUCGUGGCGGGGGCACUCCCGUCGUCGAGGCCCAGAUGGGGCACGUGCCUGGCUACGUUCCCAAGGAGUGCAACCAUGAUGCGGGAGACGACCUGAGGCCUCUGGGCGGCGGCGGGACCAACAGAGUGCGCAUGAAGCUCCACGGCCCCCUCAGGCCGAACGAUUUCAUCUCGCCAAACGGUGACGGCAGCAUCAACGUAGUUGCGCUGUGUGCUGCAGCCACGGCGAAUCGGAUGAAGGUGCUGUUCCUUGGCGAGUGGGACGGGUCAUUGUCCCUCGGGUGCGCGGUUGGAUGCAUGUACCACCAGACGCUCGAUCGGGAACUGGGUAUCGGAAUGGUCUUUGAUCGGGGCAUCGUGCCAAGGCGUUCGUUGAACAACCAGCGCCCAUCCACAUACAAGGAGUUCUACGAGUACGCGAUGCAGUACCGCGCGGUGCAGAUCGUCGAUGAAGCGGCGCGCAUGAAUGCUCCUUGGCCUGAGGACUGGGAGGACAGACUCAAUCCAUACGUCGGCCUCAAUACGGCGUGCAUGUGGCAUUUUGCGCAGGUCUGCACCGACGCUAAUGGCCUGUCCUUGGUUUUCAGUGCAGCUCAGAGUUCCAUGGGGGCAGGUCCGAUCAAUCCUUGA